AUGUUCAGAUUAGCUUUCCGUUCUAUUCGUGCACCAGUUGCUAGAGCUUCAUUUGUUAAACCAAUUCGUUUUUAUGUUGCCCCACCAAUUUCCAAAGAAGAAGUUACUACAAGAGCCAUUCAAGCUUUGAAAACUGUUGCUCCAUUACAAGAAUCCAAUAUCACAUUAGACUCUUCUUUCCAAAAGGAUUUGGGUUUAGAUUCUUUGGAUACUGUUGAAGCUUUAGUGGCAUUAGAAGAAGAAUUUGAUUUGGAAAUUCCGGAUAAGAUUUCUGAUGAAAUAAAGACUGUUGGGGAAGCUGUUGAUUACAUUUACAAAGAAGAAUCUAAAUAA